UCACCUUUGCCUCAGUUUUGUUUUACAGGUCUCCGUGAACAUAACGUCGGUAUACGUGGGUGUUCGUCAUGGAUGUUUUCCAAUUUUUCCAAGUAGCAUUGGUACAGAUCGCCUUCGGAGUCACGACAGCAUUGCUAUCAAUUAGCAACCAAAACAAGCAAGAACAUAGCGUCAUAGUUUAUCCCCAAGUUUACGAAGACCGAGAAGAGGCCUUUCAGAAGCUUCUAGUUAUUCAAGAGGACCACGUUCUAACCCUAAAGAAGGCUUCAGUGCUAGCCGCAAGCGUCUUGCUCAGAGACCUCAGAGAAGAUGGCUUCGCCGAGAAUUAUGUUGACGGCGCCUACCACGAGAGGCACCUCUACCAGGACACAUCAUUGCAAGCUUCCCUUCUCGUCAAGCCUCAGAGGGAAGGGCACUACCAUGUGAUUGGGUUACUGAAUUUUACGCAUCGAAUUCAGCCUCUCAUAAACAGCGAGCGAUCAUCAGUUGGGAGAGGAGCGCACAAGAUAUCUAAAAUACCCGCACAAAUGGGAACAUAUGGUGUGGCUACACCAGAAGGAACGAGUCCGCAGAAAUUAUCCAGCAACCUUGAACCAGAGUCAAGAGCACUGCCAUCAUAUUUCACUAUUGAGACAGUUGUUAUUUGUGAUUACAAUCACACCAAGCAUUUUGCUAAUAAUACCAGCGAUCGUGUGGAAUACAUCGUAGUACUCAUGAACUCG